UUAGUGUCACUGAACGUACCAGUUUUUGACAUUCAAUGACAUCUUCAAAAGUUGCAAACCGCAGCCAACUUAAACUCCCGAUUACCUGUCUGGUUCGUGAAAGAUCGUUGAGGGCGAAUUGUUUAAUUUAUUUUAAGCAAAUUCUUUAAGAAACAAAUUGAAACGAUGGCGUUACGAGUGCUCUCUGUUUCCCAAAAUUUACGCCAGCUUACCAAAGGAGCUGAGAUUUUAAAACGCUAUAAGGCAACUGCCAGUCUUAAGAAGACCCUCGUAAAUAUUCCAGCCACUCAGGUAACUCGAUUGGAUAAUGGCCUGCGAGUGGCAAGCGAAGAUUCCGGUGCAGCAACUGCUACCGUGGGCCUUUGGAUCGAUGCUGGUUCCCGCUCGGAAACCGAAAAGAACAAUGGUGUUGCACACUUUUUAGAACAUAUGGCUUUCAAGGGUACCGCAAAGCGCUCUCAGACCGAUUUGGAAUUGGAGGUUGAGAAUUUGGGCGCACACUUGAAUGCUUACACCUCUCGGGAGCAGACCGUCUUCUAUGCUAAAUGUCUAUCGAAAGAUGUACCAAAAGCUGUUGAGAUUUUGGCUGAUAUUAUUCAAAAUUCCAAGUUGGGCGAGGCCGAAAUCGAACGGGAACGGUCAGUAAUUUUGCGUGAGAUGCAAGAAGUGGAGAGCAAUUUGCAAGAAGUUGUGUUCGACCACUUGCACGCCACCGCCUACCAAGGCACCCCUUUGGGACAAACUAUUCUGGGACCCACAAAAAACAUAAAGUGCAUUGGUAAACAAGAUCUCACCGAUUAUAUCUCGACUCAUUACAAGGCCUCGCGUAUUGUGCUUGCUGGUGCUGGUGGUGUUAAACAUGAUGAGCUAGUGAAGUUGGCCGAAGGAAACCUUAAAGGCUUGGAAAACACUUAUGAUGGUAAACCACCUGUAGUCACACCAUGUCGCUUUACCGGUUCAGAAGUACGCGUACGUGACGAUUCUUUGCCACUUGCACAUGUUGCCAUUGCUGUAGAAGGUUGCGGCUGGACUGAUCAGGACAACAUCCCCUUGAUGGUAGCAAAUACCCUCAUUGGCGCCUGGGAUCGCUCUCAAGGUGGCGGCGUAAACAACGCUUCCAACUUGGCACGUGCCAGUGCUGAGGAUAACUUGUGCCACAGCUUCCAGUCAUUCAACACAUGCUACAAGGAUACCGGUUUGUGGGGCAUCUAUUUUGUUUGUGAUCCUCUGCAGUGCGAGGACAUGCUAUUCAAUGUACAAACCGAAUGGAUGCGUCUAUGCACAAUGGUGACCGAGGCUGAAGUCGAGCGAGCCAAGAACUUGUUGAAGACCAACAUGUUGCUACAGCUUGAUGGAACCACUCCCAUUUGCGAGGACAUUGGUCGUCAAAUUCUCUGCUACAAUCGCCGUAUUCCACUGCACGAAUUAGAGCAACGCAUUGACGCUGUAUCUGUCAGCAAUGUACGCGAUGUGGGCAUGAAAUAUAUUUAUGACAGAUGCCCGGCUGUAGCUGCUGUUGGACCAGUCGAAAACCUGCCAGAAUAUAACAGGAUUCGCUCAUCGAUGUACUGGUUGAGAGUCUAAUUUUGUUGUGAAGACGAUAAAUUACUUCCGAGUAAUAUAGUGUAAAUGGAGAGAAACUAAAAUAAAAUUAAAUGAUGAUAAUAACCAAAGCUUAACGGCCGUUUAAA